GUUUGGAAGGUGGGUAAGUUCAUGGUCGGUCGGCUGGACUGGGGUGGCAAGGACGGGCAGCCUCGCCGACGGGUCCCGAGGAUGACGUUCCAGGCUAAGGAGAGCUACCGCAAGAGCAAGACGAAGGAGUUCGACGACGUCGCGACGGCGCACCUGCUGUACCUGGUGGGCCCGCUCAUGGUCGGCUACGCCGCUUACUCGCUGCUGAACCAGCAGCACCGAGGGUGGUACAGCUGGGUGCUCAACUCUCUCGUUGGCUUCGUGUACAUGUUCGGGUUCGUCAUGAUGACGCCCCAGCUCUUCAUCAACUACAAGCUGAAGAGCGUGGCGCACAUGCCCUGGAGGGUGAUGUCGUACAAGUUCAUCAACACGUUCAUCGACGACCUGUUCGCCUUCAUCGUGCCCAUGCCCAUCAUGCACCGCCUGGCGUGCUUCCGGGACGACAUCAUCUUCUUCAUCUUCCUCUACCAGCGGUACCUCUACCCCGUCGACAAGGCGCGCCGCAACGAAUACGGGCAGUCGGCCAAGAUGUCGGCCGACGCGGAAAAGAUGGCGCCCGCACUCAAGAACCUCUAG